CUUGCCUCGUUUCUGAGCAUGCGCAGUAGAGCUGCGCGUGAGUUGUUCUCACCGCAAAAAUGGCGGCGCCCGUCUGGCGACACGCGUGACGCGCUUUUCGCCGCGCUUUCACUGCCGCUGUGUUGCUGAUGCCAAUUCUUCAGUCUACACGAUUCUGGAAAGCAUAAGAGCUACCUCACCGAAGCUUUAGAUACUACAGCUGGCCGGCCGGCAGCCCCGAGGACGCCUGCCCGCCGCGCCGACACCAUGCUGAGCCUCAGCGCGCGCGCCGGCCGGCUCGUGGCCCGGCAGCUGCACACCACCGCCGCCGUCCGACGGGCCGCCGGCGCCGACGAGCAGCCGCCGCCGACACCGACGGAGCCCAUCAGACGGGAGCGCGCGCCGCCGCCGGAGGACCCGUUCCAGCGGGCGGCGCGCAUCUUCUCGGACGACAUGCGCUUCCUCUGGGAGGGCAAGAAGAGCCGCACCUUCUUCCCCAGUCACUGCGACGUGUGCAUCAUUGGCGGCGGCAUCAUGGGCUCGGCGAUCGCGUUCUGGCUGAAGCUGCGCGCCGGUCCCGGCGUGCAGGUGGUGGUGGUCGAGCGCGACUCGACAUACCGCACCGCGUCCACGCCGCUGUCGGUCGGCGGUCUGCGGCAGCAGUUCUCACUGCCCGAGAACAUCCAGAUGUCCAUGUUCUCGGCGCAGUUCCUGCGCAACGCGGACCGCUUUCUGACUGUGGAGGGCGACGAGCCGCCGGCGAUCCAGUUCCAUCCGCACGGCUACCUGAUGUGCGCCAGUCCGGAGAAAGCCGAACUGCUGGAGCAGAACUAUCGCACCCAGAUGGAGAACGGCGCCAAGAUGGAGCUCAUGACGCCUGCGCGACUCAAGGAGCGCUUCCCAUGGAUCAAUACGGACGGCGUGGCGCUCGCCUGCCACGGCCAGGAGAACGAGGGCUGGUUCGACCCGCACGCACUGCUCAGCGCGUUCCGACGGAAGGCCAUUCAGCUGGGUGCCGAGUUCGUAGAGGGUGAGGCGGCUGGGUUCGAGUCGCGGUACGUGCCAAACAUGCAGAGCAUGGGUAAACAGUCAGUGGCUGGCGGGAACUACGUGCUGGACCGGGCCGUCAUACGACUGAAGAACGGUGACGUGAAGACGGUGAAGGCUGCCAUAUUUGUGGCGUCGGCCGGCGCUAACACGGCCCAGGUGGCGCGCCUGGCGGGGAUCGGUGAGGGCGAGGGGCUGCUGGCCACUCCUGUGCCGGUGGAGCCGCGCAAACGCUACGUCUACUUCUACCACUCGCCGGACGGGCCCGGCCUGGACUGUCCGCUGCUGAUCGACCCCAGCGGCGCCUACUUCCGACGCGAGGGCCACGGCGGCCACUACAUCGGCGGCAAGUCGCCGACGGGGACCGCCGACGACCCGGAGCCGUCGGCAGACAAUUUGGACGUCGACUACGACUACUUCCAGUCGCACGUGUGGCACCACCUGGCGCACCGAGUCCACUCCUUCGAGAACCUCAAGGUGAAGAGCGCCUGGGCCGGCUACUACGACUACAACACGCUGGAUCAGAAUGCCAUCAUCGGCCCGCACCCACACCACCAUAACCUGUUCAUGGCGACUGGGUUCAGCGGGCACGGCAUCCAGCAGGCGCCGGCAGUCGGCCGAGCCAUCACCGAGCACAUUCUAGACGGCGAGUACCGCACCAUCGACCUCACGCGGAUGGGCUUCGAGCGCGUGCUGGCCAACCAGCCGCUGUAUGAGCAGAACAUUGUGUGACGGAGCGCCCGGACCGCCAGUGGCGACACCUACAUAGGUGACGAGAGGAGCGGGCCGGCCGGCGGCGGGCGGGCGGCGCAGUGGUAGGCGAGUCUACCUCAGUAGCUGUGACUGGAAGGUAGUGAGUGCCAUCUAACCCGCCGGCCAGGUCCGAAUUCUGACCGGCAGGCGGUGGGCAGGUGGCGCCUGGCGCAGCGGUCGGCGAGUCGAUCCCAGUAGCCGGAGGGAAAGUAGUGACGUUCACCCGCCUGUCACGGCCGCCUUCUGCUGGACUCGUUUUAUUAGGAGAAUUAGUGGCUCAAAGUCAGCCAGGUAUUUUGUACUAGUCCCAUGUUGUGAGGCAUGUGCUGACGAUGCUCUGAGGGAUGCAUGGUUACCUGAGAAAGGGCAUAUAAAAUAACUA